GAAGAGGAUGCCUAGGCAAGGGGAAGUUGAUUUUGUGGAUGCACCUGUGGCUUCCUACUCGAACUGGGUGGGGUUUGUUUUUAUAUUCAAUCUCAUUGUCGGUACCGGAGCGUUAACUCUGCCAGGAGUUUUUGCUCGAGCAGGAUGGCUACUUAGUCUAUUAAUUAUUAUUUUACUAGCUGUCAUAAGUUACAUUACAGUCACUUACGUGAUUGAGUCCAUGGCCUGCGCGAAUGCUGUAAGGAACUGGCAAAAUCUACAAGCCCUACGUAUAAGUCGCAACGACGAUGUAAACGAUGAUGAAGUCGAUGCUCCUCUGUUGCCAGCUGCUUCAUUGCAGGAUCAGAUUGUCGGGGGAGGUGAUGAGCUGGAACGUGUGCCCUUGACCAUACAGAAUGCGGAAUUCCAUUAUUAUCAGCUUAACCAUAAAUUUGAAUUGGGUGAAAUGGCUUCUUUGUUUUUCAACGAUUUUGGACGCAUCGUCUUCUAUAUGUGCUUUAUAAUCUACUUAUAUGGUGAUCUGAGCAUCUACUCGGCUGCGGUAGCCCGAAGUCUGCGGGACGUAGUAUGUGACCAUACAAACAAUACGAAUGUCUCACAAUCGAAUAUGUUAUAUUGGCCGGCCGAUUUCAAGCAUAAUGCUAUUGAUGCCUGCUGGGAGGAUCAUACUAUUUCACGCCUAAGCAUGUAUAGGGUGUUCUUGAUUGGAUUUGUUAUGAUUUUUGGUCCGUUCACUGCAUUUAGCGUACAGAAAACGAAAUAUUUACAAAUGGCCACAGCUGCUUUCCGUUGGUUGGCAUUUACGCUCAUGAUUUGCUUGGCCUUAAAGUUACUGAUUACUAAUGGCCCCAAAGGACAUCCGGUCAGCGUGAAUGUUUAUGGGAUUCCAUCACUGUUUGGCGCUUGUGUUUACUCUUUCAUGUGCCAUCACUCCCUGCCCAGUCUAUUGGCUCCGCUUAAACACAAAUUAAAAGCUGUGAAAAUACUUUCAUACGACUACAUCGUCAUAUGCACGUUCUAUAUUGUCUUAGCCAUGACUGGAAUAUUUGCAUUUGAGCAUAUAGAGGAUCUCUAUACACUCAAUUUUUUACCAUCGAAAGUGGAUUACUCGAAUUUUUUUUCAGUGUUGCUUUACGGCAUUGACUAUUUUCUGGCGCUUUUCCCAGUAUUCACACUAUCCACGAGUUUCCCGAUAGUUGCAAUAACACUGCGAAAUAAUUUGCAGGCCUUGUUUCUUGACACUAUCCACUAUGAUUCGUACAAUUUCUUUGUACGUCGGAUACUCUUCCCCCUGUGUACAAUCGUGCCACCAUUCUGUAUUACAUAUUUCACAGAAAGUCUGGCUAACCUAGUGGCAUUCACUGGCAGCUAUGCCGGCGCUGGCAUCCAGUACGUCAUACCCGUGUGUCUGGUUUAUUUCUCCAGGCGCACGUGCAUUGAACUGCUUGGAAGUGGCCUGAAAAACCAAUUUGAAAGUCCCUUCAAAUCCAAUAUCUGGCUGGCAUUGGUGCUACUGUGGUCCAUAGCUUGUGUAUGUUUGGUGAGCAUAAAUUUAUUUAGUUGAGCGCUCAAUUAGUUUCAAAAUAUAGUAUUUAAUCGGCUGUGAA